AUGGGCAGCUCAAACACGAAAGAAUCGCGCCCUGAGUAUCCUGGUGCCACCCACCAUGGCUCUACCUCUACUGCACACGACGCGUCAUCCUCCCCGCGCACCGAGUCUUCGGACCGGAGGAACAGACAUAGCCGCUUCGGCCGGGCAGAGCUCGGCCUUUUGGGCUUGAGCGCCGCCGGAUCCUCGUCCACCACCAGGGAAGAUGCCCCUUAUGAACGAAAAGAGACGAGGCAGGAACGGGAGGCUAGGCGUCUUGAACGCGAGAGAGUCGCCCGCGAGAAAGAACGUGAGCGGAGUAUGCGGGAGGAAAAUGUCGAUGGUGGCUAUCUUGUCACCCUUGGCACGUACACGGGGCCUGAAGAUUUCAACAAGCAAAUUGUCAGGCAGUUGCAGAUCGAGCGACGAAUUGCUCCCUUCUGGAGAGGUUUGAACGACAAGGAUGACAGUUGGACCGAAUAUCAACUGGUCUGCGCCGGCCGUGGUCUCCCUAUUCCCGCCGCCGAUAAACAACCGCCCGAAGAAUUCAUUCCUCGACCCAAAUCCCCCCAGUCUCCCAACACGUCCUCUCCCAAUUUGGCCAAUCUCACUGUGCCACUGGGCCCCCGAACCAUGUCGACUGGUUCCGACCGCAGUGCCUCCACUGCCAAUGCCAGCCCGGCCUUGGGCUCACCCGCCUCGCCCAACCCGCAGAGGCCCAGCUCUCCGUUCAGACCUCGCGCCAAAGCCCUUGCCGCCGCCCUGAGCAUGGGGUCCCGGAACAACUCGUCGUCCGACAUGACCCCGCGCGAGCUCAACCUGCCGCAGGAUCCCUUUGUGAACGGCCAGCCGAUCGAGGUGUUUCUUUACAAGGGCGCCAUCGAGUGUCCCAUCUGUUUCUUGUACUAUCCGCCCUACCUGAACCGAACCCGAUGCUGCCACCAGCCCAUCUGCAGCGAGUGUUUCGUUCAAAUCAAACGGGCCGAUCCUCAUUUCCCCGAACACCAUGGCGACGACGCCAGCGCCCAGCCCAACCCCGACGAGCAGCCCCCCGAGAUGCUCAUUUCCGAACCCGCCCACUGCCCCUACUGCCAGCAGAACGAGUUUGGCGUGACCUACGACCCCCCUCCCUUCCGCCGUGGUCUGGCCUACGCCACACCUCCGCUGAGCUCUCAGCAUACCGCCAUGUCCUCCCAGAGCUCCCUCGUCUCGACCAUGUCGCCCACGCCCGCUUCCGCCGGCGCCGCUCCUGCGCGCAGGGGCCGGGCGCAGAGCCUUUCGGCCAACGCCCCCAACGUCGUCACGACCGACCGCAUCCGGCCCGACUGGUCCACCAAGCUCGCCGCCCAGCGGGCUCACCAGGCGCGGAGGGCCGCCGCCGCGACCGCCUUGCACACUGCUGCAUUUCUCAUCGGCGACGAGAGCAACCGGUCUCGGGGGUUCCCAUUUGCCCGACCAGGUCGGUUCAGCCGGAGGAACACCGGCCAAGACGGCGCGUCGGAUUCCAAUGCCGGAGCGAACAGCACCGGCGCGCUCGAUGGCGAGUCUCGUGCAGGGCUUGGUCCAACCGGAGGGCUCUCUAACCGUGUGAUGGGUCGAAGGAGUCGGAUGGAGGAGUUGGAGGAAAUGAUGUUCGUGGAAGCCAUCCGCCUCUCCCUCGCCGCCGAAGAGGAGCGGAAGCGGAAGGAAGAGAAGGCCGUGAGGAAGGAGGCGAAGAAGAAGGAAAAGGAAGAGCGCAAGGCCGCCAGGAAGGCAGAGAAGCAAGGGAGCUUCUACGGCGGAAGCAGCUCGGCCAGCGGGAGCAGCCUGUCCCUAGGCCUGGGGCGACGUCGCGGCAACAGCGGGGCGAGCAACCUUAGGAUGGAGGCGUCCCUGCAGAACGCCCAGGCGGCCCACUCGACAAGCUCUCUGUGCAGGGUCCCCGAAACACCCCCUUCCGCGAGCACGGACACCGGGACGACGUCCACUGCCGCCGCCACGAGCGACAAGGGUAAAGGCGUCGACCGUAGCCCGACCGAAGCCGAUACGGGCGAAGGGAUUGGGCCCAGCGCGACGACGGGAGGCUCGUCCUCGCUCCCCAUUCCGAUCAUGAGCCGAGUGCCGUCCCAUCUCCGGCAAAUCAGCAAUGCCUCGUCCAUCUCGUCGUCUCUUGGUGAUAGCGCCGCGGGUAGCUCGUUAAACCAGGAUCAUCAUCAUCACCUGGACGCCGACAGCCCCCAGACGAGCGCUACGAGCCCGGGCCAACGGAGUGGUGACGGAGCGGACCACGACUCGUCGGAACCCAUGUACAACUUUCGCAGCCUGGCCGAGAUCGUCGGCGUCGAUAUCGAGAGUGGCGAGACGACAGGAAGUCGGCGGUCGACGGAAGGCAAGGCGGACGCCCACCGGAAACCUGAAGUGGAGCAUAUGGAGGAUACAGGAGACGCGAUUACGCAGGCGAGCGUGGCGACCCUCAAACCCCCUCCUACGAUCCCGGAGGGGGUUGUGCCCGAGGAACAGGGCGCAGCGAGCGGCGACAGAGACGGCGAGGUGACCGACGUGAGGCCGGGCAGCAAUGUUACGACUCCUGAGGUCACCAUUACGACGGACACGCCGGGCUCGGUCGAGGGAGAUGUCAACAAGCGGGAACUGUCGUCGGACAGAGCGGUUGAACAGACCCCCGCGACCACGAAUGAGCAGGCCUAA